AUGAUAAUGAUAGCAUCAAUGAACAUUAUCGUAGUGUUAUGUUUAUGUUGGGCAUGUACUGAAUCAACUAUGAUGGUGUGUAAAAAUCAAACAGAGAUGACUAAUUUAACAAGUUUACAAUUACCACACACUUGUAAUGAUUGUUCCUGCUCUGUAACCUCAGCUUCUGGAAAGUUAAUAACAUUAUCAAUAGAAAGGAUAUUCAGCAUCAGUUGUUUUGUUGUUGUCUAUAACAACAGUACUGAGCAUUUUCAUACUGGUAACACUACAAUUUUUAAUUAUACACUGGAAGGAGUAGGAAAAGUCAUCUUGAAAUCAGUAGAUUGUCAGAAUACGUCAAGAUCAACUAUAUUACUUAGUUCACAGGAUGGAGAUGUAAGAAUCCUGGGUGGUUUGAUUGGAGGUGCUAUUUGGAUUAUCUCCCUAAUUGUGAUGGUUUUAUGUAUUGUAAAUCAUAAAGAAAGCAAUUCGCGGUCCAGUAGUUACAGAAAAAAUUCUCUUGGAAGCUCAAGUUACGGCGAGCAUUCCAGUGAUAGACGUACUAGUUCAGUAACCACUCUAACAGAACAGAUUGAAAGUAUCCCCAAUGACGUGUUUCGUCGGAAAAGAAAGGAGAAGAAUGAGAUGUACUCUCCUCCUACAACUAGAGAAGAAGAUCAUGCGUAUGCCACCAUAACUCCAGGUGGACCAGUUUCAAUGUGUAAAAAUGACACAUACACUGCUACCAAUUAUCAACUGAAUAGACUACAUUAUGAUCCUAUAAAUUGUACCUGUUUAUUGAAAUCUACAGAACAAACUUUUACUCAGGUUUAUUUUAACAUGACCUCCAUAUCAGGCUGUGGAUAUAAACUCGGAUUUUACUUCAAUACAAAAUUUGCUUUUGUUUCGUGUUAUUCUUCUACCUCCUUAUUUCAUACUAUAACAUCAGAGACAAUCAAAUUAAAUCUAGAACGAUAUCAUAGGAACAGUGAAAUGACAACAUUUAUCAUUAAUAUCAUUUCAAUGCCAGAGACAAAUCUUACGUUGUCAUGUUUCGUACCGACAUUAGAAAGUUCCUCUACACAGCUACCUACUACAAUCAUUACUUCGAUACCUACUACACCAAUACCAACCAAUUUUCAGUCUAAAACAAUGGUGUCAAAUACAUCGACUGAAAGCACUCAACUUCAACAAGUAACAUCAAAAUCAUCAAGUUCUCAUCAACAGAAUAUCAUUAUAACAACCAAUUCAGAUGAACAAACAACACUGAAUACAGAACAACUGAAACAUAAAUCGCCAGAAAACGAUGGUACAGUAGGAAUAGCAGUUGGUUGUUUUGUUGGUGGAAUAGUAUUUGGUAUUGUAGCAGUAUUAGGAUUACAAUGGUUUCGUAAGAAACGAAAUGAGAAGAAUGAGAUGUACUCUACUUCUACAAUUAGAGAAGAAGAUCAUGGGUAUACCAGUAUAACACCUAGUAGUGGAGUCAUCGGGAAUACACGUACAGUAGAAGAGACUGCUAUAGGAGAAGCACUAGAAGCCCCUAAUUCCACAGGAGAAAACAGAACAAGCAAUCCUACGGUCACUUACCAAAAUAUAUCACUGAACGCUUCUUAA